ACUUCCCAGGAUGCGGAGGUAGCGGGCCGGGGCCAAAACGACUUUCGCUACUUGGAUUGGUCGGCGUAGCUUUGGGCGGCCGGACCUUAGAAAGUCACACAUCUGCGCGCCUGUGUGGCCCCAGCUUCUGCGGAUGCUGAGACACGUAAAAGAAUUUGAAGAAGUGAAUUUCGCGGCAUUCUUGGCCUGGCUUCCUGGUGUAGCCAGCAAGCUCGGAGGUGCUAACCGCUGCUGUCAUGGUUCGUUUGCUAAACUGCAUCGUCGCUGUGUCCCAAAACAUGGGCAUCGGCAAGAACGGGGACCUGCCCUGGCCGCCGCUCAGGAAUGAAUUCAGAUAUGAGCUUUUGCCAUGUUGCACAGACUGGUUUCGAACUCCUGACCAAGUGAUCUGCACUCCUUGGCUUCCCAAAGUGCUGGGAUUACAGAUGUGAGCCACCCUGCCCAGCCAAUGCAGGACUCCAACACCGCAGGUGGAAAACUAACAAAAGGAAGAAGACAGAAAGGUGCAAGUCAGUUUAAAAAAAAAAUAAUGUGGCAACUAGCACUUCAGCUAUAUAUGCUGUAUUUUUAAGAAUUCAUAGUCAAGGUAGAAGGAUCCCUUGAGGCUACGAGUUCAAGACCAGCCUGGACAACAAAGUGGGGGAGAUAAGGAGCAGCCAGGAAAAAGAAAAUAGUGAUAAAGGAAGAGCCAAAAAGGAGGAAAGGGAAGAUGAAAGACCGACUUCAAGAACUAAAACAGAGAACAAAGGAAAUUGAACUCUCCAGAGACAGUCAUGUAUCAACUACAGAAACAGAGGAACAAGGGGUGUUUCUGCAGCAAGCUGUUAUUUAUGAAAGAGAGCCUCUAGCUGAGCGACACCUAUAUGAAAUCCAAAAACUACAGGAAAGUAUUAACAAUUUGGCAGACAAUGUUCAAAAAUUUGGGCAGCAACAGAAAAGUCUGGUAGCUUCAAUGAGAAGGUUUAGUCUACUUAAGAGAGAGUCUACCAUUACAAAGGAGGUAAAAAUCCAGGCAGAACACAUCAACAGAAGUUUGAAUGAUUUAGUUAAAGAAGUUAAAAAGUCAGAGGUUGAAAAUGGUCCAUCUUCAGUGGUCACAAGGAUACUUAAAUCUCAGCAUGCUGCAAUGUUCCGCCAUUUUCAGCAAAUCAUGUUUAUAUACAAUGAUACAAUAGCAGCAAAGCAAGAGAAGUGCAAGACAUUUAUUUUGCGUCAGCUUGAAGUUGCUGGAAAAGAGAUGUCUGAAGAAGAUGUAAAUGAUAUGCUUCAUCAAGGAAAAUGGGAAGUUUUUAAUGAAAGCUUACUUACAGAAAUCAGUAUCACUAAAGCACAACUUUCAGAGAUUGAACAGAGACACAAGGAACUUGUUAAUUUAGAGAACCAAAUAAAGGAUUUAAGGGAUCUUUUCAUUCAGAUAUAUCUUCUAGUAGAGGAACAAGGAGAGAGCAUCAACAAUAUUGAAAUGACAGUGAAUAGUACAAAAGACUAUGUUAACAAUACUAAAGAGAAAUUUGGACUAGCUGUAAAAUACAAAAAAAGAAAUCCUUGCAGAGUACUGUGUUGUUGGUGCUGUCCAUGCUGUAGCUCAAAAUAAAGAAGCUAUUUUAAAACUUUUUCCAGCUUUAUGGUAAAAGAUAGCUUAUA